AUGCUUUUUGGACUAAGAUUUUGGGUUGCCAAAAAAAUAACUUCUAUUUUCGACACAACUCUAAUAUCAGCAAAUGUUACUUUUAAAACCUUUUUCGAAGAAUUAUGGCAAUUAACAGUACAACUAGCUAAUAUUGUUAUAGUAGCAGUAUUAGGAUUAUUUUAUAAACAAGGAUAUCAAUCCUAUUGGGAACAAAAGAAUAGAAUAAAGAAAAAAUCAUCUAAAAAACAAACUAGAAGAAAACCUUCACCUUUUCUUCAUUUAUUAAAUGAACAAAAUGAAAUCGAUGGGAAUAAUAAUAGUAAUAAUAAUAACAACACCACAAGUACGACAACAAAUUCAAGUUCAGGCGCAUCAAGCCCAACAUUAAGUCCAAACCUAUCGUCAUCAACAUCAUCCUACAGAAGAAGUGCAUCACCAUUACUUAAAUAUAAUUCAUUAAAUACAUCAUUAAAAAAAUCACCAUCAUUAGAACAAACUCAAAAAUAUAAUUGUAGUCAUGGUAGUCAUACUACUACCACUACUAGUGCCACUACCACUACUAAAAAAUCAAAUAAGAAAUUUAAGAAAGUAAAUAGUUUUACACGUCAAGAUUUAGUACACCAACAUGAACAAAUUACAACAGGUUUAUUAGAAGAUAUUAGAACUAAUCUAUUACUAUUUUUCGAUGCGUCAUUUGGUUGGUUAAGAUCAACAAUAUCUUCAAUUUUAGCUAAAAUUAGUGGAUUCAGUAUACGUUCAUUAUUUUAUUUCAUUUUUUCAUUUCCAUUUUAUUUACCAUAUUAUAUUUGUAUGUAUAAUAAUAAUAAUAAUAAUAAUAAUAAUAAUAAUAAUAAUAAUAAUAAUAAUAAUAAUAAUAAUAAUAAUAAUAAUAAUAAUAAUAAUAAUAAUAAUAUUAAAUUUUAUAUAAUUUCAACACCAAUUAUUUUAUUUAAUAAAGUUAGAGAAUUUAUAGAGAGUAUUGGUGAAGUUAAGAAAUUAUCAAAUAAGAUUAUAUCUGGACAAGAGUUGGAUAUUAGAACAGUGAAAGAGAUAAUUGAACAAAGUGGAUACCCUUAUGAAAAGAUACAUGUUACAACUGAUGAUGGAUAUAUACUGGAAUUGGAGAGAAUACCAAAUAAGAAAUCAACCAACGUUUUGUAUUUACAACAUGGUAUUUUCGAUAACAGUUUUGCAUGGAUUGCAACUGGUCCUGCUCAAUCAUUAGCAUUUGCAGCCUAUGAUCAAGGUUACGAUGUUUUCUUGGGCAAUCUACGUGGUAAUGGUGAUAGGUUACAUCAAAAUAGUAAAAUCUCCUCUAAAGACUAUUGGAAUUUCUCAAUGAAUGAACAUGCUUUCUUAGAUAUACCAACUUUUAUUCAAAAUAUUCGUAAAAUUAAAUCAAAAGAAUUAUUUGGUUUAAAUAAUAUAAAUACAAAAGUCAAUUUAUUAAAUCCAAUCAAUUCUUCAAGUGUAAAUAACAAUAAUAAUGAGGAUCAUCAUCAUCAUCAUCGUCAUCCAGUUGAUAAUAUAAAUAUUAGUGCUAUUGCACAUAGUAUGGGAGCAGCAGUAUUGUUGAUGUAUAUUGUUAGAUGUAGGAUGUUGAACAAGCCACAUUAUAUUUCAAAAGCUAUUGUAUUAUCACCAGCUGGAUAUCAUAAGAAAGCACCUAAAAUCGUUGAUAUUUUAGCACCUUUAAUUAAUAUUUGGUUAUACCUUUAUCCAAUUCAUGUUUUUAGAUUCCCAAAUGAAUCAAUUAAAGUUAUGAUAGCAAAGAUUUAUCAUGAUGCAAUGAGUAAUUUACCAACAAAGAAUUUAUUAGUUUAUUUAGUAUCAAGAUAUUUAUUAGGUGGUGAUACUAGAAAUCAUCCAUUAACUACAAUUCAUAAUUUAGCAUAUAAUACAUUCAAUGGUACAUCAGUUUUAAUUUAUAGACAUUUUUGGCAAAUUAGAAGAUCAAAGAAAUUCGAAGCAUAUGAUUAUGGUCCAAAAAAGAAUUUAGAAUUUUAUGGUACAAAUGAACCUUUAAACUUUUUAAAUCAUUAUAAUUUAAUUGAUAUACCAAUUCAUUUUGUGAUGGGAUUAAAAGAUAAUUUAAUUGAUCCAGUUAAUAUUAUUAAACAUUAUGUAACAUUGAAAAGAUAUCAUCCUGAACUUGCAUUUUUAAAAGCAAGUAAGAAUGGUCAUAUAGAGUUUACUUUAGGUUUGGAUGACCAAAUUAGAUCUUAUUGUUUAAAUGUAUUAGAGAUUACACCUUCAACUUCAACACUAAUAAUACCAUCAUCAUCAUCUUCUUCUUCCUCCUCUUUAAAUCAACAACCAUCAUCAUCAUCAUCAUCCUCCUCAUCCUCCACUAAUCAUAUUCAUUCUUUAUCAUCUACAAAAUUAAGUGGAAGUGUCUCAAAUAAAUUAAAUGUGACAUCUUCAAAUUUAGAUAAAUUUCAAUCAAAAUUUCAUUAA